AUGAAAUCAACUAGAUGCCUCAUCGUUUCCGGCUGUGCUUAUAGCACAGCCAAUCUGAUCAGAGCGCCGACGCCACUGGCCACAUUGACCCUCACAAUUCCCACCCAGGGCACAGCUUUUACCACGACGGUUUCAGGCUGCGAAGCUGACAAUACCAAUGUUGAUCCUUUUGCGGUUGUUGCUAUUCCAAAUGGCACCUUCUACCCUGGGACGCAGACGUAUUAUGUCCCUCCACAGGCGAGUGCACAGUCAAGCACUUUUGUAAAUUAUCAGCUCAAUGCGACAGAGGUAAUUAUCAUUACGCCGUUGGAAGGAACUUGCGCGCCUUUUCUCCCGCCCGAGACCGCGUCUGGUAGCGAACCCGCAUCUGAACCCACCGGUCAGCCUGAGUCCGGCAACCCUGAUGCAUGUCCCCUUGAGGGAUGUUCGAAGCUUGUCAAUCAGGGUGCUCGCAAAAUUAUCGAUGCGCUGAAUCAGGUGACAAUUCUUUCCCAAAGUCUUCAGGCCGCUGCAAAGCAAAUAGGACUCAAGCGGGACAACAAACUUGUGGCUCGGUACCCUCUCGGCGAUCUUCUGCGAGGUCUACGUAAUGUGCCAACCUUGCUUACGUCAAUAAUUCCUUAUGUCCAAAACACCCCAGCCAUUCCUCCAGGGUGUGAUAGUGACACGGUCGUGGUUGCUCUUAUCGACUUUGUUCGUGUACACCAGGCCUUGUUGCAAAUUCUCAUUGGUAGAUCGAGCCUCUUGUCUUCUGGGUCAAGCUUUUCUGGCCUUGGUGGCAAGGCAGAGGUCGACAAUCUGCAAGAAGAGUUCAAAGAGUACAACCAGCUCCAGGGGAGUGAAAAGUACCCAAACCCUUUCGGGGCUAUUAUCGCUGGUCUCCUACGUGGAAUCGAGUCUGUAGUUGACAACAUUGCGUUUGGCUUGAUUGGACUUAUUCCUACGCGCGACGCGUGUUUGAGACAGCAAAAGCUCAGUAUCGAUGGAACACUGAACGACGCCAUUGAAGCUUACUCUAGUUGA